GGCAAGGGCGUGGGCGGCGCUCGGAAGAAGCUGGAGGCGACCGUGCUGGAGGAGCGGGACAAGCCCUACGCCUGCGACAACAGUUACAAACAAAAGCAUUCCUUGAAACCUCCCGACCGAGUUUGUGGGAAGCGCUACAAGAACCGGCCAGGGCUGAGCUAUCACUACGCCCACUCCCACCUGGCUGAGGAGGAGGGGGACGACAAGGACGACUCCCAGCCCCCCACGCCCGUGGCCCAGCGCUCCGAGGAGCACAAGUCCAAGAAGGGCCCGGACGGGCUGGCCCUUCCCAACAAUUACUGCGACUUCUGCCUGGGGGACUCCAAGAUCAACAAGAAGACCGGGCAGCCCGAGGAGCUCGUGUCCUGCUCCGACUGCGGGAGGUCAGGUGGGCGCCGCUCCCGGCGGGAUCCCGGCAGGAUUCCGUGGGGAUCCCGUGGUCCUGGGAUGGUUCUGUGGUGAUUUC